AUGACUGCAUCUAACCCACUUGCCAACAUACUUGAUACUAAUCGCUUAACUGGACCAAAUUUCACCAAUUGGCCGAGGAAUUUGAGAAUUGUUCUCAAUUCUGAAAAAUUAGCCUACGUGUUGGACACAGAGACCCGAGCGGUGCCCGAAAAUCCAACAGCUCAGCAAAGAGCUGCAAGAAAUAAAUGGACCGAUGACAAUAUAAAGGUAAAAUGUUACAUGCUAGCGUCUAUGAGCAUUGAGUUGCAACGCCAGCAUGAGCACAUGGAGAGUGUUGCUGAUAUUUUGCUCUAUCUCAAGGAGUUGUAUGAUGAGCAAAGUCGAACAGCCCGCUACGAGGUGUCGAAGCGACUGUUCAGGGCUAAGAUGUCUGAUGGUCUCAGUCAGUCAAUAAUCAUUGCUUAG